GACAAGUAACAAUGGGUUAUUUAAGCCCUCUUUGGCUAGUCUUUUGCAAGAGUUCCAUUUCACAAUCUUCUGAAGAGAAAGGAAAGGCUUCCAGGGCGGCCAAAGGUGAAAAGAGAUAGUUUAAGGAGUUUGUAUUAUAUUGCAGGCCAUUAAGUUCUCUCUCUAGCAAGUAGAUCUUUUCCCCCUCCUGUGCUCACGCGCCUUCACUCUCCGCUGUUUCCUGAGAGAGAAAUGCUGCUAGUUCUUGUUGUUCUUCCCCUGAUUUGAGGCUUGCGUGUACCAGAUCUGUGUAGCCUCUUUCGCCUUUGCUGGUGGAGGCUGCAGCAGUUGGGGUGGUCAGGGAUGAGUAAGGAGGAUGUCCUCAAGGUGCAGACCUGCGUGCUGAAAGUGAACAUCCACUGUGAAGGAUGCGAGAAGAAGGUCAAGAAGAUUCUCCACAAGAUUGAUGGUGUGUACCAAACCAGCGUAGAUGCGGAGCAGGGGAAGGUGACGGUGUCCGGCUUGAUGGAUCCGGACACCGUCAUCAAGAAGCUGAACAAGGCUGGCAAGCCCGCCCAGCUGUGGGGCUCGAAGCCUGGCGUGGUAAGCCAGCUCCAAAAGCUCCAGCUUGGCGGCGGUGGCAAGGGCCAGCCCAAGGACGCCGGCGGCAAAGGUCAGAAGGGUGGAGGCGGCGGCGGAGGUGGCGGCAAAGAUGCAAAGAUGGUGCUGCCGCAGCCGACGCCACAACAGCUACAGCAGCUGCAACAGCUUCAGCAGCAGAUGCAGAUGAAGGGAAUGACGCUUCCUCCUCAGUUCAUGGGCGGCAAGAUGCCGUUCCCGGCGGCCGCGCCGGUGAAGGACCCCAAGUCCGUUAAGUUCAACCUCCCCGAGGAUGACGAGUUCGGGGACGACGGCAGCGAGUUCGACGAUGAGUUAGAUGACGAUGAGGAUUUCGAGGACGACGGCCUCGACGACUUGUACGACGACCCCAAGAUGAUGAUGAGGCCCAUGCCGCUGGGCGCCGGCGGGGGCGACAAGAAGGGUGGCAAUGGCGGCGGAGGCGGCAAGGGUGGCAAGAAGGGUGGCGGCGGGAACGAGAUCCCGGUGCAGAUCAAGGGAAACGCAAACAAUGGCGGCAAGAAAGACUCUGGCGCCAAGCAGAACCAGGGUGGCGGAAGUGGCCACGGCAAUGGCAAAAACGGUGGCGGCGGGCAGCCGCCGCACAACGGCAAGGGAGGCGCCCCGGGCGGCGGGACCCACCCGGGUCAGGGCAAGAAGGGCGGUGGCACCGGUGGCCCCGCCGUCGGUGUCGGUGGCCCGAUGGGCGGCAUGCCGCCGCAGCAGCCGGGCAUGAUGAGGCCGAGCAUGAUGCCGCCGCAGCAACCGGGCAUGAUGAGGCCGAACAUGAUGGGCGGUGCCGGUUUCCCCGGCAUGGGCCAGAUGGGCGGCGGGCCUAUGAGCAUGCCAAUGGGCCACCCCCACAUGGGGGGCAUGCAGCAGGGUGGUAGCAUGCCGGUCGGCGGUAUACCUGGGGCGGGGUUCUACCAGGGCGGCGGCGGCGGCGGCAUGUCGUCCGCGCCGGAGAUGCUGCAGGCUGCCGCGGCGGCUGGGAACCCCAUGGCGCAGCAGCAGUACAUGGCGCUGAUGCAGCAACAGCAGCAGCAACAGCAACAGAUGAUGAUGCAUGGUCAUGGGCACGGCCACGGCCACGGCCACCACGGCCACGGCGGCGCCGGGUACCCGCCGAUGGGCUAUGGGUACGGCCGCCCGCCGAUGCAUUACCCAAUGGCCUACCCGAUGCCGCCGCACCCGCAUUCCGAGCCUUACAACAUCUUCAGCGACGAGAACCCCAACAGCAGCUGCUCAGUGAUGUGAGGCGACACAGCUGCUGCCUGCCGAUGCAGAUGCAUUGGCUGGUUGCUUUCUCCUGCUGAUGCUUUGUUCAAAGUGAAUCAACCGCAAGGAACUCAUCAGGUCACAUGUUAUCAUCAAUCAAGAUCAGCAUGGUUGAAACAAGCAACACCCUGGAUCAAUCAGUAUACAUGCGAGAUGAGUCUAGCUAGAAUAGCUCAUUUUUCUUUUUCUGUUCUAAUCUACCCUUUUCUGCUUCCUUUUCCUUAUUACUUAGCUUAUUUUCACCUUUCUUUAAAAAAAAAGCAGCUUCUUUGAAGGCUAAGGUAGGUAUAGUAAUUAUCAAUAGUUGUCAUAAGAGAUGAUGAUGAUGAUGCUUUUUAUAACUCAAGAAGGUGGUGCUUGACUGCUUGGUUUCCUUCCUGCAAUCCUGCUCCAUAAUGUGCUGGUAGAACAGUGUGCAAAAGCAUCCCAAAAGAAGAAUGUACCAAACAAUGUAGAUGCAAUGUGGCUUUCUGGUGCUGUGUGAUACAUCA